GACAUACCACCAAAGCUAGUGAAUUGUGCCAUCCACCGCGCCUCACUCCGAGAAGCAGCGGCGACGACCUGUUGCUCGUGGCUCCGACUGGGCGCGCGAACGCACGUGGCGCCAGCAGCUACCGUCGUCGCCGUCGUCGGCGCCGUUGGCGCGGCGUCGCCAGCGACGAGGGCCGCCAGUCCUCGCGCGACACUCGGUGCGGAAGCUCGGAUGGAAGCGACGCUCCUCGGCUGCAAGGUUCAGAGAUUGCAGGAUGUCAUCCAGAAGUGAUGUGCAUACGAGGACAGCCGUGUGUCGGAGCGACGAGCGGCGCCGAUGACCUCCGUCGGAGAUGGUGUCCACCGGGCCCGUGUCGACGGCGUGCCCGUCGACCGCUGACACCGACACCAUCGAGCUGGUGGAAACUGUGCAGCUGGCCACCGGCACCGGGCUCAAGACGGCCCAGCCGGCUCACUGCCGGCCACUCUCCCGCGUGCUCCGGAUACGGGUAUUCCAGAUAUUCUGUGGAAUCGGCUGCAUGAUAAUGGCAGCAGUGGCCUUCAUCGAAGAAAAACGCUUCAACCUAGCCAUAGGGCUGGUGUCCGGCGCCUUGACCGUUUUCGCUGCAAGUGCUAGUAUACAAAAUAGUAGCUGCUUUGACACUGUGUGUAAUUCCUGGAACAUGAACUUCAAGCGAACUUCACGAUCUCAAAUCCCAAAUGUCUUCAGCAAAGCACACCGGCCGGCGCUGGGCGUGGCCAUCAGCUGGCUGGUGGCCGGCGUGGGCAACACGGCCCUGAUGGUGGUGACGGGACUGACUCUGCGCCGUGGCCACCUCAGUGACACGCUGCUCAUACUGUGCGUCAUAGAGAUCGUGCUCGUGGCCGGUUUGUCGCUCAGUGCCGCGCUCGUCGUGUGGAUUGACUACCGCGUUCUGCGCGAACACGCAGUGUAGUGUUGGCGACACGGCGGCGGCGGCGGCGGCGGCGGCGGCGCGGAUAUGACUCCAGUGAGGUGUUUCAUACUGUAUCACAUCGCAACGCUCAUGGUGGGAGUGUAAAGAAGAGCGGCCGGCGGGUGGGGGGUGAGCGCGCUCAGGAUUUGAGCCCCUCCGUCUGCAGUACGCGCUGCUCGCCCCGACCCGUCGGCCCAGGGACGUUCAUCGAGUCAUCUUCACCGCUGUGUGUGUGUGAGAAAGAGUGAGUGAGAGUGAGAUGGAGACAAAGAGUGAUAGUCUGGCUGAUUGUGCAGCUCUCAGCGUGGUUGGAAGAGCUUAUUUUGCAACUGCUGUCGAGGCAAUCAAAAUGUAGUGUGGGUGCUUACUCUGUGCCGCGCCCAGUGUUCCAUAAGCGGCUUUCCGUAUAAGCGGUGAUCGCCGGCCUUCCGGCGGCGGUAUUGUGGUUUAUAUUAAACAUUCUGGCAACUGGUUUGCUAACUUGUCAUUAUUGCACUUCAGCGUUGUACUUGUGAAAAGUUAAGAGCUGCUUCGUAAGCGUAACAUUGAAUAAAUUGUGCUUCUUUGUUGUCAAAGAGGAUAGAUGGCAGUGUUUUAACGUCAAGUUUGGACUGUUUGGGAGGAGAUGGAACAUUCAUUCUAAUGUUUUAGUGACAUGGUUUGUCAUCAUUUUCUUGCGUUAUGCUGUCGGUAAUAAAUUGUUUAACUUACUGAGCUUGA